CCAGUUGGGAAAUGUCUCAAGAUCACACAAAGUCAGCAGAAAUUCCGGCGAACUGAAAUCUAGAAUCAACUGUCAGUCACGAACAUCUACGAUUUCACCUGGUCAGCGUUAUAAAAUCGGUUGUGCAUCGCAAGUGUCCAAACAGUUUGACUCGGAGCACCCACAAUGAUGACCGGAAAGAGCAGCCUCUGUGGCUACAUGCUUAUAAUUGCACUUGCGGCCAUCCACAACACAGCAGAUGCUGUUCCCUCGACUACCACAACCACUGAAUCCCCAUCGACAGUGGCCGCCACAUCUACGAAGACUACACGCCUUGUGAACCCCCUCACGGAAUCGAAGCUCGAGAAGAAUUGCAAGGCACUCUGCGAGCACUGCGGCUGUUUGGGUUUCUACUGCGGCGAGGAAUGUCUUUGCGAGUGUAACGACGACAGCUCGGACACCGAGUGCAUCCGCACCAUGCAGAUGAACGCCAAGACGCUGAAUCUGCCCUUUGAAAUUGUCAUCCAGGGGCCGAGUAGCAAUCGCUUUGUGCGCAACGCCCAGCAGUUCGAGCAGGAGCGGGAUCUGGUGACCAGAAGUGCCUCUGGUUCAGCAAAGGCCCCUCGAAACCGUCGCUCCAACAUCACCAUAUACAAGCCCUCCAAGAGUCAGUCCACUGCCAAUGCCCUCAAAACGAUUGCCAAGACUUCGGAGCUGGAUCUGGCCAGGCACAAGCGUUCCGUGGACCACCUGGAGUGGUUUAAUGACUUUGCCAGCUCGCUGGUGCGUCCCUCACCCUUGGGAACGCGAGCUCAAAAGCAGCAGCGUGAGUCCAAGCCAUCGGGUUUCAAGCGCCAGGCUGAUUUGGAGGAGCCAGCUCGUCGGGAGCCGUGGUUCCUGGAGCACACUGCUCCGCGUCUGACUCGUCCCGCUCCCCUUAAGAAGGAACAAGUCUUCCGGAAAAGCAAAAAGAGUCCUUUGUCCCGUAAGAUCACCAAAAGCAAAGCCAUUAAGGAGCAGUUGCGUAGGGAUUCGGAGCGGGAGAUCCGGCCACUUCGGGAUGCCCUGCAGGUGGUAGAGCGUAUUCCCAAGGUGCUUCAGGAUACAGUAAGUCAUCUGACGUCCGAUUCCCAAAGUGGAGAUGUCUUCAGCCUGAACAUUAUGAACGAAGCCUUGCCGCAGCAAAAGGAACGCGAAGAUGAGGAGCUUGUGCCCCGUAGACCAAGUGCCAGCCUUCGGAAUUUCCGGCGUAAUGAGAUCGUUCCAGAAGCUGUAACCCUUGCUGCCCCCGCUCCCCUGGCUGCCCCAGCUCCCCUUCCCGUCCAGCGAGGAGGUCUCCUUCUCCCCUGGUUAAGACAGCGGCGACUGAUGCGUUUGCAGCAGGCCAGGGGGAAUCAAUAGGGAAACUCUACCCAGCACUAAAUCGUAAUCCAAUUCAAUCAAACUUACCUUUAUAAUCAUAUAUUGUUGUAUAUUUUUAAGACAUCCCUGGGUCUCUCAAAAUAAAUUAAAAAUUUUUUAUUUCCUGCAGUAGCAGUAAUUGUAAGAGCA